AUGCCGAAGAAUUCCUGCGCCGGCGGCUGCGAGAUCCAAGCCAGCGGCAUCAACUACCGCAUCACCGUCUCCAGUCGACCACACCCUCCUCUCAAGGUCUGGAGCAGGUCAGACGACGACGUCCAUGUCCAAGACCACCAGGACCACCACCACCACCACAGCGUCCGCCAUGUGCUUAGGGACGUCUCCUACCGCGCGCGCCCCAGCGAGCUGCUCGCCAUCGUUGGCCCCAGCGGCGCUGGCAAGUCCACCCUGCUCGAGAUCCUCGCUGGCCGCCUCUCCCCGUCCCCGCAGCACGACCUCCUCCUCCUCGACGGCGCCGCCGCCCACAGCGCCGACCUCCGCCGCGUCUCCGGCUACGUCACCCAACAGGACGUACCCUUCCCGCUGCUCACCGUGCGCGAGACGCUGCUCUUCAGCGCGCGCCGGUACACCAACUCGCGGGCGCGCGAGGUCGCGGUGCUGUCCCAGCGCUUCUUCAAGAACGUGGCGCGGAUGCGGCAGCUCUUCGCGUGGCACACCGUGUGCAUGCUGGUGGCGGGGCUUGCGCUGGGCUCCAUCUUCUACGACCUCGGCGAGGACAAGGUGGCGGAGCGCGUGGGCCUCUUCGCCUUCCUGCUCACCUUCCUCCUGUCGUCCACCACGGAGGCGCUUCCCAUCUUCCUGCAGGAGCGCGACAUCCUGGCCAAGGAGACGUCGUCGGGGGCGUACCGGGUGUCAUCGUACGCGGUGGCCAACGCGGUGGUGUUCCUGCCCUUCAAGCUGGCGCUGGCCGUCGUGUUCGCGGCGCCUGUGUACUGGCUGGCGGGUCUCCGUCGCACGGCGGCGGCGUUCGGCUACUUCCUGCUGGUGAUAUGGCUGAUCCUGUACACGGCGAACUCGGUGGUGGUGUGCUUCGCGGCGGCGGCGCCAGACUUCGUGGUGGGGAACGUGGCAAUCCAGGGAGUGAUGGGCUCCUUCUUCCUCUUCUCGGGCUACUUCAUCGCGCGGUCGGCGAUGCCGGCGUGCUGGGUGUUCAUGCACUACCUAUCGCUGUUCAAGAGGGGCAUUUUGGUACUUCCGAAACAAACAUGA